AUGGCAGACAAACGAAAAAAGGCCACCUUGACAGAAAUUGAGAGAAACAACGUUGCACAAUGGCUUCUCCAAAACAGCAAGGACUUCAAGCUUCGGUACGACGCGAAGAAAGAGGCAGCAGCUAUGUUCAACAUCGAUGUGAGGACGGUUUGGCGACUGUGGACAGCAGCACGCGCACAAAAAAUGAUGGGAAGACCUGUACAACUCGUUUCAAUGAAGAAGGGAUCAACACAUAGCGAUAAAAAGGUAAUCGACGUGGAAAAAGUAAAGCAACUAUCCGUUCUAGAAAGAUCAACUAUAAGGAAAAUGGCAAACAAGCUUGAAGUUAGUAAAAGCUUGGUUGGUGUUUGGAUAAAGGAGAAAAAGAUUAGAGCACAUACCAAUGCAAUUAAACCUCUUCUAACACAGCAAAAUAGAUUAAGUAGGCUCACUUGGAGCCUUAGUCAAUUAAGUGCAAUUAGUGCAAAUGGAAGAAUCAAAUUUCAGCCUAUGUAUAACACAAUACACAUAGAUGAAAAAUGGUUUUAUUUAACCAAAACAUCGGAUAGAUACUACCUGCUGCCAGAUGAGAUAGAGCCUUAUAGAGCAUGCAAAUCUAAGAGAUUUAUUGAGAAAAUCAUGUUCAUUUGUGUUGUUUCAAGGCCACAAUAUGACAAUGAAGGUAAAAUGAUUUUUGAUGGUAAGUUUGGGAUAUUCCCAUUCACUACGGUGGUGCCGGCAGUUAGGAACAACAAAAACAGAAUGAGAGGCACGAUUAAGACCGUUUCCGGCACCACAGUGUCCGGCUCCAAAGCCCAAGACGGAAAGGACAAAGCUUCAAAGUGGGUCGCCGUCAAAACGUCUGAAAACGUCGGAGAAGACUCUGUCAUUGGCGCCGUAUCACCGAAAACCAAAGGGGGGAACAACAAAUCGGGUGAUUCUUCGGUAGAAUCACCGGUGGUUCCGAGAUCCAUCGGAGAUGGUAACAGAUCCGGUGAUUCUUCGGUAGAAUCACCGGCUGAACAGAGAGAAGUGAGAAUUUGUUCUUGA